AUGGCGACCGCAGCGACUGCCCCUAGUGGGCCCGGUAAUUCGGCCUUCAAGGAUAAGGAAAAGCCAAUGGCUGUGCGUAAUGCAAACAUUUUGGCAGCACGAGCUGUUGCCGAUGCUAUCAGAACGUCGCUGGGACCGAGGGGAAUGGAUAAGAUGAUUCAAACCGGCAAAGGAAACACAAUAAUCACAAAUGAUGGAAAUACUAUGUUGAAAGAUAUGAGUGUGGUGCACCCUGCAGCCAAGAUGCUUGUCGACCUUAGUGCCGCCCAAGAUAUUGAAGCAGGUGACGGUACCACCUCCGUCGUCGUUAUCGCCGGCAGCUUGCUGGGUGCUGCUGAUCGACUAUUAGGGAAAGGUGUACACCCGACAAUUAUCUCGGAAUCAUUCCAGAGAGCGGCGGCGGAAGCUGUGGAAAUCCUCCACAACAUGUCACAACCUAUUUCCUUGUCGGACCGAACCACCCUCUUGCAAGCAGCGUCUACCUCUCUCUCGUCCAAAAUCGUCUCGCAGUACUCAAAUCUACUUGGCCCCAUGGCUGUCGAUUCCGUGUUGAAAGUGAUUGACCCAAAGACCGCGGAUAAUGUGGACCUUCGCAAUAUUCGCAUUGUGAAAAAGGUCGGUGGCACUAUUGAGGAUAGCGAGAUGAUAGACGGCUUGGUACUGAACCAGCCCGUUAUCAAGAGUGGAGGAGGCCCAACAAGAAUCGAAAAGGCCCGUAUAGGUCUGAUUCAGUUCCAACUAAGUCCGCCUAAGCCGGAUAUGGAAAACCAAAUUGUCGUCAACGACUACCGACAAAUGGACAAAAUUCUCAAAGAAGAACGUCAGUACCUUCUCAAUAUGGUGAAGAAGAUACAGAAAGCCAAAUGCAACGUGUUGCUCAUCCAGAAAUCUAUUCUCCGUGAUGCUGUCAACGACCUAUCUCUUCACUUCCUCUCUCGUUUGAAGAUACUUGCUGUGAAAGAUAUUGAGCGUGAUGAAGUCGAGUUCUUGUGCAAGACUUUGGGAUGCAAGCCAAUUGCCAAUGUUGACUCAUUCACUGAAGAUAAACUGGGAACAGCAGAUCUCGUAGAGGAAGUGCAGUCCUCGGGUGCUCGCUAUGUCAAAAUCACCGGUAUCAAGUCCCCUGCCGCAGCAAGCCAAACUGUAUCAGUCGUGGCUCGUGGAGCAAACAAUCUUAUUUUGGAUGAAGCGGAGCGAUCCCUCCACGAUGCUCUAUGUGUAAUUCGUUGCUUGGUUAAGAAGAAAGCUCUGAUUGCUGGUGGCGGGGCCCCUGAAAUCGAAGUCGCCCAUACUCUCAGCAUGAAAGCACGAGAACUUUCAGGCACUGAGUCCAUCUGCUGGAAAGCAUUUGCAGAUGCUAUGGAAGUUAUCCCUACCACCCUUGCCGAGAACGCUGGUCUAAACUCGAUCAAGGUCGUAACAGACUUGCGCCACCGGCACGCUCAAGGCGAGCACAAUGCCGGUGUCAGUAUUCGCAGCGGCGGUGUCAAAGACAACAUCACAGAAGAAAACGUUCUCCAGCCUUUGCUAGUGAGCACAAGUGCAAUUGAACUCGCAGCGGAGACGGUGAAAAUGAUUCUCAGAAUUGACGAUAUCGCUUUGUCACGAUAA